AUGGAGGAGCCAGGAUGUGACCCAGGUAGCGAUCCAGGUCUUCACCUGGACUCACAAGCAAGCAUGUCCUGUAGAAAUGCCAACCAGCAAUGUCUACAGGAAGAGAGUUAUGAAGUUGAAUCUCAAUUCUAUCAGGAAAUGUGGAGUGGGAAGAAGAUUCUCCUCUGGAGAGUAAAACCUCAUCUACCAACACAUACAAGUCUAACAAAAAUUGCCCAGUUUCUCUACGACACAGAGGCAGGCCCCCAGGACUGGCUCCAACUCCGUACCCCUGAGUGCAGUGACCUACCGGUCCAGAAGGGCCCCUGCCAGAGCAUAUUGUGCUGGGCGGUCACGGGUGGCAAAAACUGCUGGCCUCUCUUUCCACAACCCCCAGGACACAUUUGCACCUCCAGCACUUUCCACACAAAGCGGUGCACGGUAGCAAGACUGGGUGUAGUUCAGAGCCCUGUGCUAGGCCGCUUUGUAACUCGUCUUUCUAUUCAGCCUUUGGGAGUCCAGGGAGAGAUCCAGACGGGCCUGCAGUCCAUGUUCGGAAUGGUGGGAGAAUUGAAUGAUAUUGAAAAUUCUGGAAACGGGGAGAAACAGACUAAAACCACAGGCACCAGACAUGUGAAGAGCCAGAGGAGUCCUUUAGGAGCAACUUUGACCUACCUCAUGAGUCCAAGAUUUUUGAUUUAUGUAAGCUGUGCCUUAUCGAUCUGGGGAGACCGAAUGUGGCACUUUGCCAUGUCUGUGUUCCUGAUAGAACUGUACGGACAAAACCUCCUUCUAACGGCAGUGUUUGGCUUAGUGGUGGCUGGAUCUGUGUUAAUAUUUGGGGUCUUAAUUGGUGACUGGAUCGACAGGAAACCGAGAAAUAAAGUUGCUCAUGCCUCGCUCUUCAUUCAGAAUGCCUCUGUCACGGCCUGCUGUGUGGUCCUGAUGCUUGUCUUCUCCUACAGAAGGGAGAUGGAGCAAAUCUGGCAUGGCUGGCUGACGGUGGUGUGCUAUGCUUCAGUGAUCACCCUGGCAGCUGUGGCAAACCUGGCUGGCACGGCGCUGACCAUCACCAUUCAGAGAGACUGGAUUGUGAGCCUCACGGGUGACAACCGAGGCCAGCUGGCUGGAAUGAAUGCAGCCGUCCGGCGUCUGGACCAGGUCAUCAGUAUAUUUGCCCCCCUGUCUGUGGGCCAGGUGAUGACAUGGGCAUCACAUGUAAUUGGUUGCGGCUUCAUUCUUGGAUGGAACUUGCUUUCACUUCUUGUGGAGUUUCUAUUUCUGUCCAGGGUUUAUCAACUAGUUCCCCAAUUGGCUGUAAAACCCCGGCAGCACUCAGGGGGCCACUUCCUAGAACGGCCACGGGAAGCUGUAGGCAUCCAAGGUGAAACAGACUUUUUGGAAACCACUGCUGGAUUCAUCCACAAAUCCAGAUCUUUAGACAAACCGAAAGACCAGAAAUCUAACCUUGAAGGACAGUGGAACAUAGCCAAUGGGUUUCACCUUUGCCUUCGAAACACACGUAGGCUGCUCCGCACGUGCCGUGAGGGCUGGGAGACGUACUGCAGGCAGAGUGUGUUCCUGGCUGGCCUGGGCCUGGCAUUCCUCUACAUGACAGUCCUGGGCUUUGACUGCAUCACCACCGGCUACGCCUACACCCAAGGGAUUGGAGGGUCUCUGCUUAGCAUCCUCACGGCUCUCUCCGCAUUAUCUGGCCUGCUGGGCACAAUUCUCUUCACCUGGCUCCGGGGUCAUUACGGUCUGGUCACCACAGGCAUCAUUUCAAGCUGGCUCCAUGUAGGAUGUUUAAUGCUCUGUGUGUUUUCUGUCUUUGCUCCUGGAAGUCCUUUUGAUAUGGCUGUCUUCUCACUUCCACUAAACAAGAAUUCUUCUUCAAACCAUGAGAUACUAAAAGAGGAUCAGGUACAUGUAUACUCCUUUGAAAGAAACCUGAACCAACCCAUCCUUCCAGAUCGCUCUUCCAUCCACUGGACCAACAGCACAGUUCUGUUUGAUGGACAGCAGGACCCUGAGCAGCCUGAGUCUUACAUCUCCAUCAUUUUGCUCUUCUCAGGUGUGAUCCUGGCAAGAAUUGGUCUCUGGUCAUUUGACCUCACUGUGACCCAACUUCUCCAGGAGAACAUUCCAGAAGCAGAGCGAGGGGCUGUGAACGGUGUGCAGUGCUCUCUGAACUACCUCAUGGACCUCAUCCACUUUGUCCUCGUCCUGCUGGCCCCCAGGCCUCAGCAGUUCGGCAUGCUGGUCUUCAUCUCCAUACUGUUUGUUACUACAGGUCACGUGCUGUACUUUUUUUAUGCAAGGAAGUGUAAGAUGAGAAAUGCCCAUGUGAAUAAGACAAUGAAAAAGAGCACUUGGACACCUCCAACUUGA